UUCUUGAUAUCAUAAAAAUCUAGAGGAAAGGGACCAUUUCAAAAAAUGAGAAGUUUUUUUAAAAUCCCUUUAUUUAUGUGUUGUGUCGUGUGUGGGUGAAGAGUACCAAGUCGAGAGACAAAGUUAAUAGUAAAGAACGAAAUGGGUGAGGAGAAGAGGAAGCAACACUUCGUGCUAGUACAUGGUGCAUGCCAUGGCGCCUGGUGCUGGUACAAGGUUAAGCCGCAGCUCGAGGCUUCAGGCCACCGUGUAACCGCCUUAGACCUAGCUGCCUCCGGUAUAAACAUGACCAGGUCAAUCACUGAUAUAUCCACAUGCGAACAGUACUCAGAGCCAUUGACGCAACUAAUGACCUCACUACCAAAUGAUGAGAAGGUUGUGCUCGUUGGGCAUAGCUUAGGAGGUUUGAGUUUAGCCGUGGCCAUGGAUAUGUUUCCAAACAAAAUCUCUGUUUCUGUCUUCGUGACAGCUAUCAUGCCCGACACCACACACUCACCAUCCUUCGUAAUGGAUAAGCUAAGACAAGGCAUUUCACGAGAAGAAUGGUUAGACACCGUGUUUACUAGCGAGAAACCUGACUGUCCUCGAGAGUUUUCUCUUUUUGGACCAAAAUUCAUGGCCAAGAACUUGUAUCAGUUGUCUCCAGUCCAAGAUCUUGAAUUGGCGAAAAUGUUGGUGAGACCGCAACCAUUAAUUACGAAAAAUCUGGCAGAGAAAAGUAGCUUCAGUGAGGAAGGCUACGGAUCCGUUCCACGUAUAUAUAUUGUAUGCGAAAAGGAUCUUGUGGUACCCGAGGAUUACCAGCGUUCGAUGAUCAACAACUUUCCGGUGAAAGAAGUAAUGGAGAUCAAAGAUGCAGAUCAUAUGCCAAUGUUCUCCAAGCCUCAAGAACUAUGUGCUCUUCUCUUGGAGAUUGCAAAUAAAUAUGCCUAAAUAUAUAAACCAUCAUCACUGCAUAUCAAUUACAAAACUCAGUGUCCAACACAAUAAGAAGCCAAAUGAGACUAUAUCUAUAAUGUAUGAGAACUACGCAAAUGAUACUAUUCAUAAGAAUGGUUUUAUGAAUAAGAUUCGUGAGAGAACUAUAUUACCUGAGAAUUAAAUAUGUUAUAUGGUUUGUCCA